AUGGGAAAACCGAAGGGUAUACGCACAGCGCGUAAACUGAAAACGCAUAGACAAGCUCAGCGUUGGAAUGAUAAGGGCUAUAAGAAGGCACAUUUAGGAACACGAUGGAAGGCGAAUCCAUUUGGAGCAGCAUCGCAUGCUAAAGGCAUCGUCCUAGAAAAAGUAGGUGUUGAAGCAAAACAGCCAAAUUCAGCUAUUCGCAAAUGUGUUCGUGUGCAACUAAUUAAGAAUGGAAAGAAGAUCACAGCAUUCGUACCAAAUGAUGGUUGCUUGAACUUCAUUGAAGAAAAUGACGAAGUUCUUGUUGCUGGCUUUGGUCGGAAAGGACAUGCUGUGGGUGAUAUACCUGGUGUACGCUUUAAGAUUGUCAAAGUAGCGAAUACAUCAUUGAUUGCACUGUUUAAAGGAAAAAAAGAAAGGCCACGUUCAUAA